UGUUUGGGGGACACAUGACUCCGGAGGAAUUUCCUCGGCUGCUCCCGUCCUUUGUUCAACGGAGUCUUUUUAGUGGGAGGCAGAGGGUGAGAGCCAGAGGAGAGAGGGAGAUAGAGAGAAGAGAGAGGGAGAUUUAGAGAUGUCGGAACCAGCCACUAAUCCCGCUGCCACCUCGUUCCCAGCGCCAACUAUUUCUCUACCUUUGGGACUGGAAGUGUUGAGAACUUACUCUGGAGCCCUGGUCUGUGUAGAAAUAUUAUUUGGUGGUCUCGUAUGGAUCCUGGUGGCGUCCUCCAAUGUCCCCGUGCCUUUGCUGCAGGGCUGGGUGAUGUUUGUCUCCCUCACCACCUUCUGCCUCUCCUCCGCCUACCUCACACUCCUCCUCACCGGCCUGGCUGAUCGCAUUAACACUGACUGGAAUUCCUUGGAUGUGAUGUACCACUUUAUAGCUGUGCUUUUCUACUUUGCUGCCUUCGUGUUGGAGGCAGCAACUACAGCAGCUAAUGGAGGAGCCCAUGUCAAGCCAUUGGCUAACAGCACUGAAGCUGUCAUGUGUAUAACCUACCCUCGGGGCAAUAUAUUUACUGUCUUGAAUGACAGGCAAUACAGUAUUAAUGUGGCAGCUACGAUAUUUGCAUUUGUGGUGACACUAUGCUACGGCUGCAGUUUGGUGAUGGGCUUCAAGAGAUGGAGGGGGUAACCUUGAAAACCAGCAUAAACUAGUUUUAUAACUGCUUUGUAACUUCAGCAUGUAUUAAAACAUCAGCCACACUGUCCAGAGCUCCAUAGAGGGCACUGCCACUCAGUUCAGCUCAGUGUUAUUUCCUGAUGGGAAAUAACAAACACAUUGAUGACAAAAUUUAGCCUCAGUUAAAACAUUUCUUACGAUUUCUGGAAAGUUCUUCUGAAAUGUUGAAAGGAUUGGAUUUGGGUAGGUUCAGUCUGGGCUAUUAUGUGUAUUUAAAGACAAGGCUAAAGAAUAUCAGUCAUCAUUGUAACCUUGUAUAUGAAUGUGUUGAGGCUAUACAGGGUGAUUUUGCAAGAUGUAAGUUAUGCUUUUGCCUUUUUUUUUGUUCUUCUACUCACAUCAUUAAUCAUACAACAUUUCCCCAUUUCCUGAGUAACAUCCUCAUUGGAAGGAAUAUUUCCCAUUUCCAGUACCACAAAACAUGCCUAUGUAUGCUGCGGGAGGUUAUGCACGACAGAACAUUAAUGUGAUGGCGCAACUUCUUAGAAAGAUCUUAUUAUUGCCCCAUUUCCUGAAUCACAUCCUUAUUAGAGGGAAUAUUUCCCAUUUUUAAUACCACAAAAAAUGCCUAUGUAUGCUGCUUAAUGGGUUAUGCACAACAGAACAUUAAUGUGAUGGUGCAAUUUGCUUGAAAGAUUUCACUGUACUUCAGUAACCUUGGUGCUAAGAAACUGUAAAAUCACUCAAAUUAAGGCUGGAGUGCUGAACCUUUGUCUCCCUCCCACUGACAGUAACAGUAAUUACACAAACAGUGAUGUAUGCAUAUGAAGUAUGCCUGAGGGUAAGCUUUCAGCAGUCGAUCGCUUGCUCUUUUCGGUUUUAUUGAUAAACUUUUAUGUAGAAAAGUAUGUUUUAAAAGUAUUAGAUGCACAGAGCUUUUAAGAAAGGUGCAUAAUUAAAGUAACACUUUAAAAAAACAAAUAUAUGUAUUUUGAAUGUCAAUAAAUCAUUUUAAAUUUGUAUCUUUACCUUUGUGUAAGAUGUCUGAUGUUUGAUUACCAUUUCUAACAAAGCUUUUGAGCCAACAGUAUAACAACGUUGAUAUCUUGCUGUCAUCAGUUCGUAGUUGCCAAUUCGGACUGAGUCGCUCAACGGCCCUACAAUCUCACAUUGACACAAAAGCGGCUUGACUCUGUUGUUAAAUCCGUUAAUAAUCGCUAGGUAACAGUAACCGUGUAAUGUUGACAGUUAGCCCUGUAAUUGUGUGUGUGUGUGGGCAGACUCUGUUCCUGGUGCGGAUCUCACACUACAACAUGUAGUGGCUAAUUUUAUCAAUAGCACCUUUAAACCUUCUUCUGAAUGCCAAGUUUCUUCUGUCAUCUGGAGCAUCCACUCCUGAAAUUUUCUUGGCGCUUCUUAGGAGUUUCUGCCCAUACUUCUAACUGCUGCUCCGUGGCUGUGGUCUCUCCCCUCCUCCUGUCCCCUUAAGCUCUCGCUGUUUGACAUAAAAUGCAUAACUUUUGCUAUGCCAGCUUAGGAAGACAAAUAGCGCAACUACAUUACACUGACAAAUACAGAGAGCUUUCCCGGCAAUAGGCUUAAUCGGCAUUGUGAGAACUCAUACAUUUAUAUGUAAAAGUCCCGCACUCCAGCUUUAACACAAAUGUUAUCACAUUUUUUUUAUAUGGCCACUAUUUAAAAUGUGAAUUGAUCUAAUAUUUGAAUUUCAAAGUUGUAAUCUGUUUUUGUGAGCACUUUUUGUCAAAAUUUGUCAGUUUAUGUGGUACAACUGUCUUUAACAAUAUUGUAACUACUGUAUCGUGCACUCUCAGUCAAAAUGAUAUCUGUUUCUGUUUGAACUUUCUGAGUGCUGUCCUAUGUGGCUAACUCCAGUAACUUACUGAUAAAUACAAUUUGAUCAAGUUUGAGUCCUACAUUAAACUGAUUAUUUAAUCUGACGUCAAUAAAAAUGCUUUCAUCUGCAAGUAUAUUUCAAACAGUGAUCUUUAUCUACUAAUAGAUCAUAUAAGUAGAGUAGCCUAGUAUGUUUGUAGUGUUUGACCCUGAUUGAUACAAAUGAUACAUCAUAAAAUUACCCAAAUCAAUAACUGUCUUGCUACAUGAUCAGUUAGUUGUAUUCACUAUACGUUUGUUUGCAUUAGGCUAUUAAAUUGUAUUGAUUUAAAAAUCGUUUUAAAUUAAGAUUUUUUUGUUUUUUUGACACAUGCUGUUUUUUUCUUUUUUUUUUCUUUUAAAUGCAUUUUAGAACUACAGAAAUAAAGAUUUUGAACAAAAA